GGGUGACUAUGUAAUUUGUAUUUGGUGACUUUAUGGUUUGUAUUAGGUGACUAUAUGGUUUGUAUUUGGUGGCUAUAUGGUUUGUAUUUGGUGGCUAUAUGGUUUGUAUUUGGUGGCUAUAUGGUUUGUAUUUGGGUGACUAUGUAAUUUUUAUUUGGUGGCUAUAUGGUUUGUAUUUGGUGGCUAUGUAAUUUGUAUUUGGGUGGCUAUGUAAUUGGAUGGCUAUGUAAUUUGUAUUUGGGUGAUUUUGUAAUUUGUAUUUGGUGGCUAUAUGGUUUGUAUUUGGGUGACUAUAUGGUUUGUAUUUUGGUGGCUAUAUGGUUUGUAUUUGGUGGCUAUAUGGUUUGUAUUUUGGUGGCUAUGUGGUUUGUAAUUGGGUGACUAUGUAAUUUUUAUUUGGUGGCUAUGUGGUUUGUAUUUUGUAAUUAUUUGGUGACUUUAUGGUUUGUAUUUGGUGGCUAUAUGGUUUGUAUUUGGUGGCUAUAUGGUUUGUAUUUUGGUGGCUAUGUGGUUUGUAAUUGGGUGACUAU